AUGGACUGGCGGCUCCAGGCCACCGCCGUCGAGGCGGAGAAGCGCGGCAAGGGCAAGAAGGGCAAGAAGAAGAAGAAGGGCGGUGGGAGCGGUGGCGCUGGGCCGUCGCAGGAUGCCGAGGCGCCGUCAGAGGCGGCCGCAGCCAAGCCCGCGAAGCUGGACAGGGAGGGAUUGAUCAGGCUUCUCGAGACGCUCCACGAGGAGCGGAUUCGGUACGGCAUCACGGCGGAGACGUCGGUCGAGGGGCUGGCGGAGGCCGCUCAAGGCCGGCCGGCCCUCUCGUAUGCUCUUGCGUCCUGUGGUCUUCGCCGCUUUUCGGACUUCGCGGGCCGAACCCAAAAUAGCAAUACGCAUUUUAGUUUUUGA